AUGGGGGACUUUAAUGCCAAGAUAGGAUCAGACUUUAAAAUAUGGGCACCUGCCUUAGGCAAGUUUGGACUUGGAGUGAUGAAUAGCAGAGGAGAAAAGCUAAUGGAGUUCUGUAUGAUCCAUAGACUAGCAGUCAGUAACACAUACUUCCAACAUAAGGACUGUCGAAGAGCAACUUGGACUUCGCCAGGUGGCCUAUAUAAGAACCAGAUUGACUUUAUCUUGGUGUACCAAGAUGACUUAAAGAGCAUCAAAAAUAGUAGGUCGUUCUGCUCUGCUGACAUUAGGUCAGAUCUCAACCUUGUUUUAGCCAAUGUACAGUUUCAGCCACCAAAAGCUAGAAGAAUAAAGAGCGUACAGAAGUCAUAUGAUGUGGGCAGGUUUAAAAACCCAUCUGUUGCUGAAGAAUUCCAAGCCCGAAUUGGUGGAGCGUUCGAACCAUUGUUGCUGCUGGAAGAUACAGACAUAGAUGAGCUCUGGUUAAGGUUCAUGAAUACAACCAACGAGAUUACCAAGCAAGUUGUUGGCAUCAGGAGAGGGAAACAAGUGAAACAUCUCCGAGAACAUGUGAGAGAUGCUUGUGAACUCAGAAGGAAGGCUAGGGUAACUAAACUGAACUCACCUCAUAAUAAUCAUAAUAUUAUGAAGUACCGGCGCCUUAACAAAAAAGUUAAAUAUGAAGUCAAAAAGUGGAAGAGGGAAACUCUCAAGAAAGAAGUAGAGGAAAUGGAGGCAGCACAGGCACGAAAUGACAGCCAUGAGCUAUUUAAGAAAGUAAGAAAACUAGCUGGUGAGAAGGAGAGGAUACAGCCAGCAGCCAAGAACAAAAAGGGGGUCCUCAAAACUGCUCCAGGAGAUGUUUUGGAUUGUUGGAAAGAACAUUUCAGCACCCAUCUUAAUACAGAGUUCCCGAGAGACACCAACACACUUCGCAAUAUACCUGAACCUCCUCCUACUGAAAACCAGACUUAA